AUACUUUCGCUUUUUAGCUUAAUUUUUAAUUUUUAAGUAUUAUCUAGUGAACUAUUUAAACUUUUACUUAAGUCCUGUGUCCUGAUCUCUGGUCUACAACCCAGUGUCCUCACAAGGUAAUAAAGCAAACGUGUGUGUGUGUGUGUCUGCACCCAUGUUAUUUUCCCAGGGCCACUUUCCCCUCUCCCGCUGAGCCGAGCCCUCUGAUUGGCCGGCUGCAGGUAAAGCCCGAAUGACAGACUGCUGUGGGGGUUGUGUUUCAGUGGCUCCUGUUUCUCUUUAACCAGAACAAUCUGCCCUGUUCCUCAGCGCUGAGCUGCACACAUCAGCCCACAGUGUUCACAGGGUCCGAAACCCCUCAGAACCACCAUGAGGAACCUGCUGACCACCCAGAACCAGAACUGCUACACGGAGCUCAUCAUGAAGGAGGCCUACACCCGCCUCACCUGGAAGAGCAAAUACGGCAAGGACUAUCCCACCAGCUUCACGUCCCGCCGGGCCAAGACCAUGGGCCUCUUCAACCCCCCCAAACCCCCCACCCAGAUCACCCUACCCCCGGUGGUCCAGCCGGUGGUCCAGCCUCAGGAGAAGCAGGAAAAGCAAGAAACGCAGGAGAAGAAGAAGCAGCAGGUGCCGGUUCUGGUGGGCCGCACUCUGAGUGAAGCCCCUCUGAUGAGGCCCGUCAGCCCCCACACCAAAGACGCCCUCUACCAAGGCCUCUCUAAAGAGGGCAAAGGUCGCAGCAUGUACCUGAGGAGGCGUGUCCAGAAGAUGCCGGAGGAGAAGUUUGACUAUCCGAUAUUGUCCUCGUGGGAAUACGGCUGGAGGUUAGGUGAUUAUGAUCAUAACUACAAAUCACCAGCUAACGGAAGAUCUGGGGUUGUGAGAAGCUCUUUCUACGCCAGGAACGGCAUUUUUAACCUCCCUUCACAAACUGAUAAACUGGUGUAAUGUUUCAAACCAGCGUUCCACGAAUGAACACGCCCUCUGAAAUAUCUCCUCACAGAGAAGACGUGGUCCAUCUCCUGUCUGUAAGCUGCUCAUAUUGUAGAAACACUAUUACAGUAUUAUUACCUUUAAUGGACUUGGGUUCACUGGGAUUACUGGGUCCUGAUUAAAUGUUUAGAUUAAUUUUUUAUUACACUUUAAAUUUAUUUUCAUUUCUAUUUUGUGUAAAAUCUGCUUGGGUCCAGCAAAUAAUCUUUCCUGUGUUUAUAAGGGCUUAUCCUACAUUUUCUUCUGAUUUUAUUCUUUAAAUGUUUGUAAAACACUGAUUACAACCAACAGUACAUUUUAUAUACCUUGUAUAAUUUGCUUUAGACAAAGAAACCAGACAAUAUAUUAUGAUAUUUUCUUCAUAAUAAAUUUUAUUUAAUUGCAUUUGA